GCGGCCCCGGCGGCCGUUGAAAAUGGCGACUGUCGCCGAGCUGAAGACUGUUUUAAAGGACACUUUGGAAAAAAGGGGGGUACUAGGGCAUUUAAAAGCAAGGAUCCGAGCUGAAGUUUUCAGUGCCCUAGAUGAUGAUCAUGAACCCCGACCAACAUUGUCUCAUGAAAACCUUCUAAUUAACGAAUUAAUUCGGGAGUAUUUGGAAUUCAACAAAUAUAAGUAUACGGCAUCGGUCCUCACAGCAGAAUCUGGUCAACCUGCAGUUCCACUGGACAGACAGUUUCUCGUCCGAGAACUAAAUGCCUUUGAAGAGUCAAAGGACAGCAAAAUACCUCUUUUAUAUGGAAUUUUGGCUCAUUUCUUGCAUGGAACUAAGGACGGUGUCCCAAACACCUUUCUGAAAGAGUCUUCACUUCAGCCUUCAAACCCAAAUCUUGUCAGACAGAAGAAGGCCGAUGGGAACACGGUUCAGCAGUCCACUCGCUUUCUUAGCCUGCAUACCUGCACGUCUGGAGCUGCGUCACUCUUACCUGACAGCGCUGAGGAGGUCGCAGAAAUAGUAAAGUGACCACUCUGCAAGCCACACGCCUUAUCACUGCACCAGCCCAUCCGGACGCAAGAUAAGACAUCAAACAAAAUCUGCUUCCAUUUGAAAAUAAGCCCAAAGCCUGCCAAGAUGAAAGCACACCUCAUAAGAGCUUUCAGAGUGGGGGAAACCCCUCUGAGAGCGCAGCUCACUAUCCUGCUGCUGUUGACCCUUGCCACCUUGCAGGCAAAGAAGUUUUUGCUCCGAAUAAAGACAAGAUGUUUAGAGAAAACCUUUAUCAGCUCGACUUUAUACAAAAAUGCAGACUCCAUUUUCUAGAACAUGACUUUUCUAGAAGACCUAACAUCAUUGUGCUCUAAGGAACUUGUUCAUUUUGUUCUGUCAACAAAGUUGCCCAAAUGUGGGGAGAGACAGAUCUCCAUCUGUUAUCCAGACUGGAGAGGUCCUAGUCCUAAGGCUGCUCAGCCUUUGGUGACAUUCAACUCUGGGAGAUGUCACCUCUUCUUAAGGAUUUGAAAACCAAGUGUGGAUUUUUGGUACUAAAUCUGCAUUUUUCUAAUUGCUUGCCUAAAUUUGUAUUUUCUUAAAAGAAUUGACACAAGAAAGGCUCUGUCAGCUGUGGCAGUGCUGGGCUGGGCAGAAGUGCCCCCUUUACUGUGGCCAGAGCACUGCAGGGGUCACAGAAGCCUCCUGGAGCUUUCUUGUCUUGUUUUGGGGCUUUUGAAAACAUUUUCCACGGUUCCAGGAGUUUUCGAAUCUUGGUAGGAAGAUGUGAAUGUGCCCAUGUUUUUCUUGCCACCAGAGGGCGCUGCUGGGAGGCGCUUGUGUCUGAAGGUCUUGUUUCUGAUGGAAGAGCCCUGGCGCCCUCAGCCGCUGACCCACCACUUGUCCUCCUCCCUCGUGAAUUCCAUUCCUUACAAAUAAGAGGGAGGCCUGGAACUCAUCACUCAGGGGUUUCCUCCAGCCUGCCUCCUUCACUUAAAAAAAAAAAAAGGGCAAGAAACACUUUUGAAUAGUUAGCCCCGAGGACUGAACAUUUCUGACUUCCUCAGUAGGUUUAAGAAGUGCAUUUAAAGGCAGGUGCAGUGGUGCAGGCCUGCGAUCCCGGCCCCUUGGGUAGCUGAGGCUCACAAGUUCCAGGCCAGCCUAGGAAACCUUAGCAAGGCCCUGUCUCAAAAUUAAAAAA